AUGCCAAAAAGCGCCAACGAUCCCGACAUGAGCCACAUGAGAAGCAGUGAUUUCAAGCUCGUGUAUGAAUUUAAUGAUGAUACCUACUUGUUGGUUGAUGCAUUGGAAAAGGAUUAUAUUCACUCUCAUUUACUAAAAACAUUGACAGGAAAAGAAAAUUCACCUCAACUGAAAUUUUGUUUGGAAAUUGGAUGCGGUAGUGGUUAUGUAACGACUUUUGUUUAUAAAUUAUUGAAUUCGUGUUAUGAGAAAUUUUUAAAAUCGAGUGGAGUUUCAUUUUGCUUGUUGUGUACAGAUAUUAAUCCAAAUGCAGCAGCAAUGACUUGGAAAACAUUUGAACGGAACAUGAAACAAAGUCCAAAAUUUAUUCCGUCUUUGUUCGAUGUGGUUUUGUGUGAUUUUGCCUCUGCUUUUGAGAAACGACUCAAAAAUAAGAUUGAUUUGCUCAUUUUCAAUCCUCCAUACGUUCCAUGCGAGAAGGAUGAAAUGGGGUUCAGUGAUGUGAGAGCUGCCUAUGCAGGUGGAGAAAAUGGACGUGAGGUAAUUGAUCGAUUUCUGCCAAUGGUCAAAAAUAUUCUUUCUCCAAAUGGAGUGUUUUAUUUUGUUCUGAUUGAAGAUAACAAUCCUCAGGAAAUUAUGAAAUUAAUGUCACAGGAAGAAUAUGGAUCAUUUCAAAGCAGUGUGGUCUUGAAAAAACGAGUUCAAGGGGAGCAUUUGUAUAUUGUUAAAUUUGAAGGAUCUACAAGGAAAUAA